CGCCUCAGACCUCGGCUCAGAGCCGCGCGGGCGCAGCCUCCCUCAGCCCAGGUACUCAUUAAUGAGUGAAGGAUCAAAAGGUGGGACGGUGGCCAAGAAGCAAUGGAGAAUAAAAGUUUAGAAGGUUCCCCAUCAGACCUAAAGUUAGUGGCUCACCCGAGAGCAAAGAGUAAAGUGUGGAAGUACUUUGGGUUUGAUACCAAUGCAGAAGGAUGCAUAUUACAGUGGAAGAAGAUCUACUGCCGUAUUUGCAUGGCACAGAUUGCCUAUUCAGGAAACACGUCCAACCUUUCCUACCACCUUGAGAAAAAUCACCCCGACGAAUUCUGCGAAUUUGUGAAAAGUAACACUGAGCAAAUGAGGGAAGCCUUUGCCACCGCAUUUUCAAAAAUCAAGCCAGAGUCGUCGCAGCAAGUUGUUCAGGAUAGCCUCAUCAUGAAGACCUACCAGAACUAUGAAAACAAAAAGCAUCAGGAACUGACAUCUGCAGUCAUCAGCUUAAUUUGCGAGGGCAUGUAUCCGGCCUCUAUUGUUGAUGAACCCACCUUCAAGGCCCUCUUGAGAACAGCGGACCCCAGGUAUGAACUUCCGAGCCGGAAGUACUUCUGUACAAAAGCUAUUCCUGAAAAGUACAAUGCCAUUAGAGAAAUUGUGCUGAAAGAGCUCACUGAGGUUCUGUGGUGUGGCAUAUCCACAGACAUGUGGAGGAGCGAAAACCAGAACAGGUCGUACGUAACCGUCGCAGUUCACUUUCUCAGCAGCAGUCCUGCCAACUGCCUGGCUGUGAACUCGCGGUGUUUAAAAACGUUUGAAGUACCGGAGGAUAAUACUGCAGAGACUAUUACGCGAGUGCUUUAUGAAACGUUCAUUGAGUGGGGGAUCAAUACAAAAGUCUUUGGUGCUACAACAGAUUACAGUAAAGACAUUGUGAAAGCUUGCUCUCUCCUAGAUAUUCCCGUACAGAUGCCUUGUUUGGGGCACACUUUUAACGCAGGAAUACAACAAGCUUUUCAGCUCCCCAAACUCUGUAGCCUUCUUGCCAGGUGCCGAAAACUGGUGGAGUAUUUUCAGCAGUCUACGGUCGCGAUGUACAUGCUGAGCGAGAAGCAGAAGCAGCAGAAUAUUCUUCACUGCAUGCUGGUAAGCGACCGUGUUUCCUGGUGGGGAAGCACGCUCGCUAUGCUGCAGCGCCUCAAGGAGCAGCAGUUUGUCAUUGCGGCUGUUCUCGUGGAGGACAGCAACAACCACCACCUCAUGCUGGAAGCCAGUGAGUGGAAUACAAUCGAAGGGCUGGUGGAGCUGCUGCAGCCUUUCAAGCAGGUUGCGGAGAUGAUGUCUGCUUCAAAGUACCCGACGAUAAGCAUGGUGAAGCCACUUCUCCACAUGCUUCUGAAUACUACCCUGAACAUCAAAGAGAACGAUUUGAAAGAAAUCAGCAUGGCAAAGGAGGUGAUUGCUAAAGAGUUGUCAACCACCUACCAGCACACACCUGAGAUAGACAUGUUUCUCAAUGUUGCAACUUUCUUGGAUCCCCGCUACAAAAAACUGCCUUUUCUUUCAGCCUUUGAGCGGCAGCAGGUUGAAAACAGAGUGGUGGAAGAAGCAAAAAGCCUGCUGGAGAAAGUAAAAGAAAAUACCUUUAGGACUGAAGAGAAAUUCUUCACCGUUUCAGAAGAGCCUCCUGUGAAAAAAAUCAUCAUCUCCUCUACUCCUCCUCCUACCAGUGUCAUCAACAACAUGCUCGCAGAGAUCUUUUGCCAGACGGGAGGCGUGGAAGACCAGGAGGAAUGGCACGCUCAGAUCGUUGAGGAGUUGAGCAACUUCAAGUCACAAAAGGUCCUCGGUUUGAACGAAGACCCGCUGAAGUGGUGGUCUGACAGACUAGCGCUGUUUCCAGUUUUACCAAAGGUUCUUCAAAAAUACUGGUGUAUUCUGGCCACAAGGGUCUUCCCUGAACGCCUUUUUGGUUCUUCUGCUAAUGUUGUAAGUGCAAAGAGAAACCGGUUAGCCCCAGCUCAUGUGGAUGAGCAGAUCUUUUUGUACGAAAACAGUCGGAAUGGGUCCGAGGCAGAACCGGAGGAUGAAGACGAAGGAGAGUGGGGUUUGGAACAGGAACAGAUUUUUAAUUUAAAUGACUCGGUAAAUGUAAACAACAAUUUCUUUAAUAUCCGAGACAGUGGGUUUGUUUAACAGGGCUGCUGCGGUACAUUUAAUAACAAAGAAAAAAGGUAUUUGUCUUAAGUUACCAAAAAUACUUCUGUUUUAUGCUAUGAAUGCUGUAAAUAUUCAACAGUUGUAACAAACUUGAUUUAGCUUCCAUUGUCUAUGUUUUUCCCACUGUCUUAAAACAUGAAUGACUUGUGAUUAAACAGCACUGAAAUGAAUGAGGAAAUAAAUUCUGCAAAGACCAUGAUUUCUGACUGUGGCCCAGAUUUCAGAAAGCACUUACCCAUGUGCUUCCUUUCCACUUGCUUCAGUGGGAGACAAACACAUGCUUAUGUGCUUUCUAUCAUAAAAAUAUUUUCCUGAAUUAGGAACCUGAGCAAGGGAGUUUUUAAGGUUUAUGCCUCCGUUUGUAAAUCCUGUGUGACUCAGGAUGUUAGCUUUAAAAUUUGGGUUUUAAAACAUUUUUAAAAUCCAUAAAUCUGAGCAGUGAAUAUUUUUAGAGUAUAUCGAUGCUAUGGAAUGAAAAAAGAUCUUGAGCCUGAUUUUCUUUUUCACUACCUCAUGUCUUAGGCCUGGUCUAUGCUAGAAAAGUUCAGCUGGUAUAAUUCUGUCAAUUAGGGGACUGAUGUAUUAUUAUUUUAACUGAUACUGUGCUGGCAUAGGCUGUAGUGUGGAUACAUUUAUACUGGGAUAAGUUAUUUUCCUUUCCAGUGCGGUGUAAAUGGUAUAAACACUUAUAAACUGGUAUUGCUGUGUCCACAUUAGUCCGGUUUUACCAUUUAACUGCAGCAGCUAAACGGUAAAACCUUUUUUUUUUGUGUGUGUGUGUCUAGGCAAGCCCUGAUUGUAGUCUCUUGUGCUUUUACAAAGAGGUAACAAAGUGUGCGGGGUCGAGGCGGCGUUGCGUUACCUUCGCUUUG